CUUUUACAACCCAAAAGAAAACAUAUAAACACAGAAAUUUUAUUUAAAAAAUAGAAAUAAAAAAAGAGAGAGAGAGAAAUUAGAACGUCGUCGAGGACCUCUUUUGGCUUCUUCGUGGGGGUUGCUGCGUGGUUUCUUCAGCGUUUCGUGUUGCUUUUACAAACAAGGCACCUGAAUCAUCAGGCCUCAGGGUUUUUCUUAUUUGGCAUUUCGGAUUGAAAGGUUUUAGUUUCAAACCCAAAACCCAAAAUUUCAAUUUCCCACACUUUCCCAUCUUCUUCUUUGUUUUUUUCUCUUUGUGGUUAGAUAAAAGAGAGAGGAAUCUGGUGGUGGUUCUUGGGGGUGGGAAGAUUUUAGAUUUAGAGGAUCAUUUGGCGAAGGAGUUGGGGAAAGAAAUGGGACCCAGUGUGGCUUUGUCUCCGGCCAAACAGGCUGAGCAGCUCAAGAAAGAUGGCAACGUUUGCUUCAAGAAAGAUCGCUUCAGAGCCGCCAUUGAUGCUUAUACUGAGGCAAUUACCCUGUGUCCUAAUGUUCCUGUAUAUUGGACGAAUCGUGUUCUUUGCCAUCUCAAGCGGAAGUAUUGAUUGGACAAAAGUGGAAGAGGAUUGCCGGAAAGCUGUUCAACUUGAUAACAAUUCCGUUAAGGGCCACUAUAUGUUGGGACUUGCAUUACUACAGAGACAAGAAUAUGCCGAAGGAGUUAAAGAAUUGGAGAAGGCUUUGGAUCUUGGACGGGGUGCCGACCCAAAGGGUUACAUGGUAGAGGAGAUCUGGCAAGAGCUUGCAAGAGCAAAAUACAUGGAGUGGGAGCAUGAAUCUACCAAACGCACAUGGGAAUUGCAAACUUUGAAAGAAGCUUGUGAAACUGCUCUUGAAGAGAAAUAUAUACUAGAAGUUUCUCAAUUGGAAGGUUUCUUGGAUGAAGUUAGUACUAAACAUAUGGAACAGUUAGAGUCUCUAGCAAGAGUAUUCAAGAUAGCAGCAGAAGCUGAUACACCAACUGAGGUCCCAGAUUAUCUAUGUUGUAAAAUCACGCUUGAUGUAUUCCGUGAUCCUGUCAUCACUCCAAGUGGUGUUACAUAUGAGAGAUCAGUUAUUCUUAACCAUUUUAAAGAGGUGGGUAACUUCGAUCCAGUCACACGUGAGCCGCUUGAAGAGUCCCAGCUAGUUCCAAACUUGGCCAUAAAAGAAGCAGUCCAAGCUUUUCUACAUGAACACGGUUGGGCAUAUAAAAUGGAUUGACGGUUGAUUUUUUUUUUCCCCCCCUUUUUUUUUGGGGGGGGGGGGAGGUUUGUGGAAUGGGGGGACUACAGAGCUGAUACUUAUGUUCAACAUGUGAUUGACUAAUGGAGCUACUGAACGUGGUAUUAUGUUCUUCUGGUAGUGUCUAAAUACUUGUGCAUCAUCCAUCAAGCGUGUGAUUGGUGUCUUAUCUUUUGCGGCGUUUGAGUGAAGCUAUGUCCUCAGAUCAUAUUAGUGGUCAAUGUUCGCGGAAGUGUAUAAAGAUUGUUGAAAGAACCAGUUUACUAACUGCUUGUACAGAUUUGGUAUGUUGAACCUUAUAUAUUGACGAGUGCGUAUAGAGAAAAGUUUGUGCUUUCUCAUUAUAACGUCCAAUUACUACAGAGAUUAGUAAUUAUUUUAUUCA